CCACAGUAAAUAAUAAUGGAGCCACAGAGAGACAAUUCCAUACCUAUCUCCUCACUGUAACAUAGCGAGACAGCCACUAAACCAACAAAAUGGAUGUUGAGGACCUCCAGAUCCAAAACUCAACAUUUGAUGGCAACACAUCAGACAUUCAGCCUGUCCCACACAACCUAUGGGAGGUCAUCACCAUAGCGACCAUAUCGGCCAUCGUCAGCCUUAUAACAGUCGUAGGCAAUGUUCUGGUGAUGCUGUCGUUCAAGGUCAACAGUCAACUAAAGACAGUCAACAACUACUACCUUCUCAGCUUAGCCUUCGCUGACCUCAUAAUAGGAGCCCUGUCCAUGAACUUAUACACCUCAUACAUCCUAAUGGGCUAUUGGUCCUUAGGGAACCUAGCCUGUGACCUCUGGUUAGCCCUGGAUUAUGUGGCCAGCAAUGCCUCCGUUAUGAACUUGUUAGUCAUCAGUUUUGACAGAUACUUCUCCAUCACAAGGCCGCUGACCUAUAGAGCCAAGAGGACGCCGAAGAGAGCGGCUAUUAUGAUUGGCUUAGCGUGGUUGGUGUCGUUUGUCCUCUGGGCACCGCCUAUCCUGUGCUGGCAGUACUUUGCGGGAGAGAGGACGGUCCCGGCAGACCAGUGCCAGAUCCAGUUCUUCUCCGAGCCGGUGAUCACGUUCGGCACGGCCAUCGCAGCGUUCUACAUCCCUGUCUCCAUCAUGACCCUCCUCUACAGUAGGAUCUACAAGGAGACAGAGAAACGCACCAAGGACCUGGCUGAGCUGCAGGGUCUCACCACAUCUGGUCACCCAGAGACUGUUAAUAAACCCCAGAAAACAGUUCUGUUACAGUCCUGUUUUGGCUCCAGUAACGACAGGAGGGACAGGAGGAACCAGGCCUCAUGGUCCUCAUCCAACCAGAGCAACGUCACCAAGACCACGACCCGGUCGGACGAGCUGGCCUGGGCCCAUGCUGACCAGAUCACCUCCUUUAACAGCUACACCUCGUCCGAGGAGGAGGAGACUCACCAUCCUGUUUCCGCGGCAACCUCUCAGGGGACAAUCAAAGGUCGAGUUCAAAGUCAGACAGAGAAAGGACAGACAGCCGCCGAUUACGGUGAUAAUGAAGAAGGCGAGUAUUUCCAGACCGCCACUCCACCGCUGAAAAAACUCAGCAAGAAGGGAAUCUCUUACAAGUUCAAAUUGGUCUCGAAGGAUACCAGCAGCCCUCCUCAGAAUGACAAAAUCACCAACAACACAGACCUCAAAACAGCUCCUCCACGUCCCUCUGAGUCUGACCAGAUAGGUCAGAACCACCACCAGAACUCCUCUCCAUCAUCCCCCACCACCACCACCACCACCCCCAAGCCCAUGGACCCCUCCCUGAAGAGCCAGAUCACCAAGAGGAAGAGGAUGGUCCUCAUCAAGGAGAAGAAAGCUGCUCAGACCCUCAGUGCGAUCCUCCUGGCCUUCAUCCUAACAUGGACGCCAUACAACAUCAUGGUGCUCAUCUCCACCUUCUGUUCUGACUGCAUCCCUGUGUCUCUCUGGCACCUGGGCUACUGGCUCUGCUAUGUCAACAGCACCAUCAACCCCAUGUGUUACGCAUUGUGUAAUAAGACUUUUCAGAAGACCUUUAAGAUGCUGUUGAUGUGUCAGUGGAGGAAGAAGAGAGGGGAGGAUAAGCUGUACUGGUGCGGACAGAACCCGGCCAUCAACAGCAAGAUGACAUGAUGUAGUGUGGAAUAGAGAAUAUAUACGUAUUUGAACAUUCAGCAGCAGCAGACCCUUUUAUCUAAAAUAACUUUUUGUACAGCAGAUAUGUUUAGCAAAUGUGGCCCAUAUGGUAUUAAACCCAUAACAACAACAAAAAACUAAACGUGCACUCAGAACUGAGUUUGGGAAAGAGUGAUGUACAUAUUGAAUAUACCACACAUUGCUGCAACUGUACUGUAGGGAUAGCAAUGGAAGUGUGCUAGCUCAAAUCACAGUAACUAGUGGUCAUAGAUAUAUAUCUGUGAGGAUGAGUAAUGCUGUAUACUGUUGCACCAUCACACACCUCUUCAUGUCAAAUGUUUCCUAUAUAAGCUAAUGUGCCUUUGUUAGUCAGAAGGUCUGGUGAUGAAGACUUGUAAUUGUGAAUGGAUCGGUGUUGACCUUGCUACUGUAUUGUGAAUGGAUCGGUGUUGACCUUGCUACUGUAUUGUGAAUGGAUCGGUGUUGACCUUGCUACUGUAUUGUGAAUGGAUCGGUGUUGACCUUGCUACUGUAUUGUGAAUGGGAUCGGUGUUGACCUCGUUACUGUAUUGUGAAUGGGAUCGGUGUUGACCUUGCUUUUUUUGUGAAUGGAUCGGUGUUGACCUUGCUACUGUAUUGUGAAUGGAUCGGUGUUGACCUCACUACUGUAUUGUGAAUGGAUUGGUGUUGACCUCAUUACUGUAUUGGUGUUGACCUUGCUACUGUAUUGUGAAUGGGAUCGGUGUUGACCUCGCUACUGUAUUGUGAAUGGAUAGGUGUUGACCUUGCUACUGUAUUGUGAAUGGGAUCGGUGUUGACCUUGCUUUUUUGUGAGUGGAUCGGUGUUGACCUUGCUACUGUAUUGUGAAUGGAUCGGUGUUGACCUCGCUACUGUAUUGUGAAUGGAUCGGUGUUGACCUCGCUACUGUAUUGUGAAUGGGAUCGGUGUUGACCUCGCUACUGUAUUGUGAAUGGAUCGGUGUUGACCUUGCUACUGUAUUGUGAAUGGGAUCGGUGUUGACCUUGCUACUGUAUUGUGAAUGGAUCGGUGUUGACCUUGCUACUGUAUUGUGAAUGGAUCGGUGUUGACCUUGCUACUGUAUUGUGAAUGGAUCGGUGUUGACCUCGCUACUGUAUUGUGAAUGGAUCGGUGUUGACCUUGCUACUGUAUUGUGAAUGGAUCGGUGUUGACCUCGCUACUGUAUUGUGAAUGGAUCGGUGUUGACCUCGCUACUGUAUUGUGAAUGGAUCGGUGUUGACCUCGCUACUGUAUUGUGAAUGGAUCGGUGUUGACCUCGCUACUGUAUUGUGAAUGGAUCGGUGUUGACCUCGCUACUGUAUUGUGAAUGGAUC